CACCCCCACAAAACCAACCAAAGGCAACAUUAUUUUUCCUUCUUUUAAAUUUCGUUUCUGUUGCCUAUAUUUCAAAGAAACAUCCAACAAAAAGACAAAAAAAAUCACAGAAUAAGACCGAAGAGUCGAAGACCGAUCUACUUUGCUCACAUGCUUCAAAACCAACAUAAAACGACCAAAAACCAGAGAAACAAAAACAUUGGAACAAAAUAUUUUCUUAGAAAAAAAAUUAUGGGAUUUUGCUUCUCCAAAUUUGGCAAAUCACAAACACAUGAGAUCCCAAUCUCUUCCUCUUCCGAUUCAAGCCCUCCUCAUCACUACCAACCUCUCCCUAAACCAACUGUUUCUCAAGGUCAAACCAGUAAUCCCACCUCCAAUCCUCAGCCCAAACCCAAACCCGCUCCUCCUCCUCCUCCGUCAACAUCCUCCGGUUCACAAAUCGGUCCAAUCCUAAACCGACCAAUGAUCGAUCUCUCAGCUCUCUACGACCUCCACAAAGAACUCGGCCGUGGCCAAUUCGGAAUCACUUACAAAUGCACGGACAAAUCCAACGGUCGAGAAUACGCCUGCAAAUCCAUCUCAAAACGUAAACUCAUACGUCGCAAAGACAUCGAAGACGUGAGACGUGAGGUCAUGAUCUUGCAACACCUUACUGGUCAACCAAACAUAGUCGAGUUUCGAGGCGCGUAUGAAGACAAAGACAAUCUUCAUUUGGUUAUGGAGCUCUGUUCUGGAGGAGAGCUUUUUGAUCGUAUUAUCAAGAAAGGAAGUUACUCUGAGAAAGAAGCUGCUAAUAUCUUCAGACAGAUCGUUAAUGUUGUUCAUGUUUGUCACUUCAUGGGCGUUGUUCAUAGAGACUUAAAGCCUGAGAAUUUCUUGCUUGUUAGUAACGAAGAAGAUUCUCCAAUCAAAGCAACAGAUUUUGGACUCUCUGUUUUCAUCGAAGAAGGAUCAAGAAAAAGAUAGCGACAUUGUAUCUCCGUGUGGGACAUCAAGUCAACUUCGAAAACGACUUGGGUCAACUCAAGUCAACAGAUGUUUCCCACAAGAUCAAAAAAGUGACAAAAAAAAGCAGAAAAGCAGAAAUCAUUUUAUGGGGGAUUAAUAUUCUUUUGAACAUUUUGAUUCACACCAAAAUAUCAAAAGACUUUUGAGACUGGAGAGCUGUAUUAGAAUUUGAAUAUGUUUGAAUGCAUAUUAGCUAAAACUUUGGUUCUGUAUUUUGAAAUCCGUACAAGUAAUCAUCUUAUAUGGUUAAUAUUUGUAGGUAAAGUGUAUAGAGAUAUAGUUGGGAGCGCAUACUACGUUGCACCUGAAGUUCUACAUCGAAACUACGGGAAAGAAAUCGAUGUAUGGAGCGCGGGUGUUAUGCUUUACAUUCUUCUCAGUGGUGUUCCUCCAUUUUGGGGAGAGACCGAGAAGACUAUAUUUGAGGCGAUCUUAGAAGGAAAGCUGGAUCUUGAAACUUCUCCUUGGCCUACUAUAUCGGAAAGCGCAAAAGAUUUGAUAAGAAAGAUGUUGAUAAGAGAUCCUAAAAAAAGGAUAACCGCAGCUGAAGCACUUGAGCAUCCAUGGAUGACAGACACCAAAAUUUCUGAUAAACCAAUCAAUAGUGCUGUUCUUGUUAGGAUGAAGCAAUUCCGCGCGAUGAACAAGCUCAAGAAACUUGCCUUGAAGGUGAUAGCGGAAAACUUAUCGGAAGAAGAGAUAAAAGGAUUAAAGCAAACGUUUAAGAACAUGGAUACAGAUGAAAGUGGCACCAUCACUUUUGAUGAACUAAGAAACGGGUUACAUCGUCUUGGAUCUAAGCUUACGGAGUCUGAAAUCAAACAACUCAUGGAAGCUGCUGAUGUGGACAAAAGUGGGACGAUUGAUUACAUUGAGUUUGUAACUGCAACAAUGCAUCGUCAUAGAUUGGAGAAAGAAGAGAAUUUGAUAGAAGCAUUUAAAUACUUCGACAAAGACAGAAGCGGUUUUAUCACAAGGGACGAGCUUAAACACUCCAUGACUGAGUAUGGCAUGGGUGAUGAUGCGACCAUAGAUGAAGUUAUCAAUGAUGUUGAUACCGACAAUGAUGGGAGGAUAAACUACGAGGAAUUUGUGGCGAUGAUGAGGAAAGGAACUACAGAUUCAGAUCCAAAGCUGAUCAGAUGAUAUAUAUUCAACUACAGUGACGAAUGCUUUUGCUUCAUAUAUAAUAAUUAAAAUAAACUAAUAAUAAACACGAAUGCAAUGAGAAUUAAUGCAUUCCUAUGUUUUUUCCCUUGAGAUGUAUAAAUAAUAAAUAUGAUGAAUUGCGUAAGUAUGAUGAAUCAAAAAAUAAAAUGAAACUUAUGGCCCAUUUAAAAUGAGAUGUUUUAAUUAUUCACGCGAACUUAUGGCCCAUUUAAAAUGAAAAAGCCUUUUAAGGCCC